CGGACGUGCUCGUCGUCGUCGUCGUGACUCCGCACGCACAGAUGUUUCCAUCGCCUCGCUGGAAUCUUGACACGGCGGCGGCUGCGGCGUCGGCAACGACACUCUGACUCAGCGAUGCCUGCGUUCAGCAGGAUGCUGGCCGUCUAUGUCUACGACAAGCUCCGCAACCGGACGCAGUCGGUGGACUGCCACGGCUACGUGAACCCCCUGGAACUCGUGCUGGACCCGAAGAAAGGCGGCGACGCGCGGGGUCCCCGCCUUUCGGCCGCCGUCCCGGGAGUCGUGCCUCCUCUGGGCCACGGCGGGCCCUCGGCCCCCGGUCGGACCCAGGGGGGACCCCGUACGGCGGCGGCCAAGUCCCCCACCGUCCCGGUCGUCGCGACGGGGCCCGAACUCCAGCAGCUGCACCAGCUUCAGCAGUCGCAGCAGGCGUCCAAGAAGCCGCUCAGUAGGACGCCCACGCAUCCGCCGCCAGGGGCGCUGGAGUAUGUGGUGAAAGCUUCAGACACCUUAGCAGGCAUUGCUGCUCGUUUUGAGUGCACCCCCGGGGAAUUGACCAUCGCAAACCGUCUGAACAGUCGGCUCAUAUUUCCUGGUCAGGUGCUGUUCAUUCCCCUGAAAGAGAAAGAGGCUCAGAAUGCUGAGCUCAUGGACUUUGCUGAACAUGACAGGCCCAAGGACAGAGACAAGACGCCUGGCGUGGGCUUGCAACACGGGCCGGGGAGCUCCUUCCUGUCCGGGGAAAGGGCGUGCUCCCCACGGAUGCUCCAGUCCCCUCCCCCGGACUCCCCGUCGGACUUCCUGGAGCACCGGCACCAGACCUCGAUGGAGAUGCUCGACACCGGGGAUCAAGAGAGCAAGGAGAACCUCGAGAUGUUCCUGAAGAUCUCGUCGCGGCACAUCACGGACGGCCAGGGGGUGGUGGCGGGGACCCUGCUCGUGACGCCCAACAACGUGAUGUUUGUGCCCAAUGUGUCGGACCCCCUGGUCAUGGAGCACGGCUCGGAGCGCUACGAGGUCACGGCCCCCAUGGACAUGGUCGUGGCUGCUGCCCUCUACAACGACAUCGCCCACAUGCGCCUCAG